AUGGCUGAGGCGUAUUUAACCCAGCAGCUGUCGCUACAAUCAGCCGCGCUCGUCGAGGCCACCCAGAGGCUUGUACAGACCCCCUCGCCAAAUCCGCCUGGUGACACGGCAGCAGUCGCCCGCGUGGCCAAGGAACUUUUAUCGGGAAUUAAGAAUGUGGAGAUAUCGGAGUACGAAACAGGACCCGGUAUAGUCAACCUUGUUGCGCGGGUUACAAGCGGAACGCUUGGCAAACGCCUCGUCUUCAAUGGCCACCUCGACACGUACCCAGUAUCGGGCGUCUUAGCAGAGAACUGCGAUCUGUGGUCGGGGGAGCUAGUGAUUACCCUCGCGGGGGAUGAAGAGAGCGGAGGUGUCCUCGGGUCGGGAUGGCUUCUCAAUAACGUUGAUAUCGUCCGGGGUGAUGCUGUGGUAAAUGCUGAUGUGGGCUCACCUCGUGUCGUGCGUUUCGGCGAGAAGGGCACAUUCUGGGUCGAGAUCACCGCUGAAGGUGUCGCAGGUCAUAGUGCGCAUGUUCACAAUGGUGUAAAUGCCAUUGAUCGUCUUCGCGGUGCAUUGGAUGCUGCACAGUCCAUAGAGAGAAUCCCCUUCGAGUCGCCCCGUGAGGUCACUGAGGCUAUCGAGAACGCGAAACAUGUUUCCGAGGCGAUAUCUGGGGACGGAGAAUCUAGGACCCUUCAGACUAUCACGUUCAACGUCGGAGUUAUUCAGGGAGGUGUGUCCCCAAAUCUGAUACCAAGCAAGGCAAGUGCGAAAUGUGACUUGCGCUUGCCUGUUGGGGUGUCGAUUGCCGAUGUAGAAGCGCACCUACGAGAACAGCUCGACCCUAUGGAGGGUAUUAGCUGGACGCCUUUGCAACGCUAUGAGCCGACCUGGACGUCUCCAUCUGAGAGAAUAGUGCAGUCGGCACUGAAGGCGUCCAAGGAAGUGGUUGGACCAACGGGGCUUGACUCGGUAGUUAACAUGAGAGUUGGCGGUUCUGACACGAGAAUCUUCCGAUUGGCUGGCAUCCCCAGUGUCGUUAUUGGCUGCACGCCAUUUGGUAUGGGUGCUGAAGAUGAGUAUGUUCUGGUGAAAGAGCUGGAGCAAGUUGCUAAGAUUCAGGCCUUAACUGCGUAUGAUUUCCUAAGGAAAUAA